AUGACUACUAGAUUUGACUUUAGUGGUCCAUUUAUAUACAGUUACGGUCAAACGCAUGAUUUAGCCUUGCGUUUUGGUGAUCGACCUCAGUCUGAUUACACAACUAACCCUUUCAAAGGACUUAACAUUCCAACCAAGAGUAAUGAUGAUAUUGUUAAAAUCAUUACCCCAGUUGAGCUGAUCAAGAAAGGAGAUAAAGUGGGUUCCUCUGAGGCUGCCCUCCUGGCCAAACUUGGGAUAAAGCCUUUCUCAUACAGGCUUGUGGUUCUCUCUGUCUAUGACAACAGAUUUGUCUUUAGCCUAGAGGUGUUCAACCUCACUGAGGAUGACCUCGUUGAUAAGUUUGUAGCUGGUGUGUCUAUGGUUGCUUCACUGUCCUUAGCUCUCUCUUACCUAACUCUUGUCGAGUGGAGUAUCUCAAGAACCCAAACGAAAUUCGAUCGAGUGGAGUAUCUUAAAGACCCAGACAAAAUCGUUGCUAUCAUCGCUCUUGUUUGGGCACCAGAAGACAAUCGCAUUGAUAAGGAGCUGCUACCGAGGCUCAACAAUGCAAAGGCUGGUAAUAUCUUAGUUGAUACACAUGGAGGAGUGAAGCUCGGAGAUUUUGGUGUUUCCGCUUGCCUUUUUGAUUCGGGUGAUAGGCAGCGUACAUGGAAUACCUUAGUUGGAACUCCUUGCUGGAUGGCACCUGAAGUGAUGGAGCAACGAUAUGGUUAUGAUUUCAAGGUGGAUAUCUGGUCUUUUGGAAUUACGACAUUGGAGCUUGCUCAUGGGCAUGCUCCUUUUUCCUCUCGACCGCCUAUAAAGCAUGUUUUCAGUGAUGCCUUCUCUGAAAAAAAUUAUUUUGCAGGUCUUUCUCAUGACCUUGAAUAA